UAAUGGCGAAACCCUAUGAAUUCAACUGGCAGAAGCCAGUCCCGUCCUUUCUUCAAGAGGGUGCCAUGUUUGACCGAUAUGAGGAGGAAUCUUUUGUGUUUGAACCCAACUGUCUUUUUAAAGUGGAUGAAUUUGGCUUUUUUCUAACAUGGAAAAGUGAAGGAAAGGAAGGGCAAGUUUUAGAAUGUUCCCUUGUCAACAGUAUUCGUGUUGGAGCAGUGCCAAAGGACCCCAAAAUACUCGCUGCUCUCGAAGCUGUUGGCAAAACAGAAAAUGAGCUGGAAGGGCGUAUUGUGUGCGUUUGUAGCGGCACGGACCUGGUGAACAUCAGCUUCACAUACAUGGUGGCAGAAAGCACGGAAGAUGCAAAGCAAUGGGCUGAUGGACUCAGAUCGAUCAUCCAUAACUUUAGAGCUAACAACGUCUGUCCCAUGACAUGUCUCAAGAAACACUGGAUGAAACUGGCGUUUCUGACGAACACCAACGGCAAGAUUCCAGUUAGGAGCAUUACCAGAACUUUUGCAUCAGGUAAAACUGAAAAGGUGAUCUUUCAGGCACUCAAGGAAUUGGGUCUUCCCAGUGGCAAGAACGACGAAAUAGAGCCCUCCGCUUUUACUUAUGAAAAGUUUUAUGAACUGACGCAGAAGAUCUGUCCUCGCACCGACAUUGAGGAUCUCUUUAGGAAGAUCAAUGGCGACAAAACUGAUUAUUUAACGGUAGACCAAUUAGUGAGCUUUCUAAAUGAACAUCAACGAGAUCCUCGGCUGAAUGAAAUUUUGUUUCCCUUCUACGAUACUAAAAGAGCACUGCAAAUAAUUGAAACAUAUGAGCCGGAUGAAGAUUUAAAAAGCAAAGGCCUCAUGUCGAGUGAUGGGUUUUGCCGGUACUUGAUGUCAGAUGAGAACGCGCCCGUCUUCCUUGACCGUUUAGAAUUAUACCAAGAGAUGGACCAACCUCUGGCUCACUACUUCAUCAGCUCUUCCCACAAUACCUAUCUGACUGGAAGACAGUUUGGUGGGAAAUCCUCCGUGGAGAUGUAUAGACAAGUCCUUUUAGCUGGAUGCAGAUGCGUCGAACUGGAUUGUUGGGAUGGAAAGGGUGAAGACCAAGAACCCAUCAUCACGCAUGGGAAGGCAGUGUGUACCGACAUUCUUUUCAAGGACGUGAUUCAAGCCAUUAAAGAAACAGCUUUUGUAACGUCUGAGUAUCCCGUCAUCCUGUCGUUUGAAAACCACUGCAGCAAAUACCAACAAUACAAAAUGUCAAAAUACUGUGAAGAUAUUUUUGGAGACCUUCUAUUAAAGCAGCCACUAGAGAUGCAUCCACUUGAAUCAGGAAGACCCCUGCCAUCCCCAAAUGAUCUAAAGAAGAAGAUACUUAUUAAAAACAAAAGGCUGAAACCAGAAGUAGAAAAAAAGCAGCUCGAAGCGUUGAAAAGUAUGAUGGAAGCUGGUGAAACUGCUGCUCCCGUCAGCAUCUUGGAAGAUGACACUGAAGAAGAGAUAGAAAGUGCUGACCAAGAAGAAGAAGCCCAUCCUGAGUACAAAUUUGGAAGCGAGCUGUCUGCAGAAGACUUGAGCCAAAAAGAAUCUGUGGCCAACAACGUGAAGAAGGGUGUCAUAACGGCAGAAGAUGAGCAAGCGUGGAUGGCUUCUUACAAAUAUGUCGGCGCCACGACUAAUAUACACCCCUACUUAUCGACACUGAUCAACUAUGCUCAACCUGUUAAGUUUCAAGGUUUCGCUGUAGCGGAAGAACGCAACGUUCACUACAACAUGUCCUCUUUCAAUGAGUCUGUUGGGCUCGGUUAUUUGAAAACUCACGCCAUCGAGUUUGUGAACUACAAUAAGCGGCAAAUGAGUCGGAUAUACCCAAAGGGCGGCAGAGUGGAUUCCAGCAAUUACAUGCCUCAGAUUUUCUGGAACGCCGGCUGCCAGAUGGUCUCGCUCAACUAUCAGACCCCAGAUUUAGCCAUGCAAUUGAAUCAGGGAAAAUUUGAAUAUAAUGGGUCUUGCGGGUAUCUUCUUAAACCAGAUUUUAUGCGAAGACCUGACCGAACCUUUGACCCUUUCUCUGAAACUCCUGUCGACGGUGUGAUCGCAGCAACAUGUUCAGUUCAGGUAAUAUCCGGUCAGUUUUUAUCUGACAAAAAAAUCGGCACCUACGUAGAAGUGGAUAUGUAUGGCCUGCCUACAGACACGAUCCGCAAAGAGUUCCGGACGCGGAUGGUGAUGAACAAUGGUCUGAAUCCCGUUUACAAUGAAGAGUCAUUUGUAUUCCGAAAGGUUAUUCUCCCGGACCUCGCCGUCUUGAGGAUAGCUGUGUACGAUGACAACAACAAGCUAAUUGGCCAAAGGAUAUUGCCGCUGGACGGUCUUCAGGCAGGCUACCGACACAUUUCCCUUCGGAACGAAGGCAACAAGCCCUUAUCUCUGCCAACUGUCUUCUGCAACAUCGUGCUCAAAACAUACGUGCCGGACGGUUUUGGAGACAUUGUGGAUGCCCUGUCAGAUCCGAAGAAAUUUCUGUCUGUCAUGGAGAAAAGAGCGGACCAAAUGAGAGCAAUGGGGAUUGAAACGAGUGAUAUAGCCGAUGUCCCAAAUGAUACUUCAAAGAAUGAUAAGAAAGGAAAAGCAAACAAUCCCAAGGCAAACGUUACUCCUCAGACGAGCUCAGAACUUAGACAAAAUGCCCCUUCUGGCAUUGGAACUGGGGUGGAAGCUAAGAAAGGGAUUGACCUCAUUCCACAAGUAAGGCUAGAGGACCUAAAGCAAACAAAGGCCUUUAUAAAGCACAUGAAAAAGCAGCAAAAAGAACUGAAUGCUUUAAAGAAGAGGCACGGAAAGGAACACAGUGUUAUGCAGAAGUUGCACUGCACACAGGUUGACAAAAUAGUAGCACAGUAUAACAAAGAGAAGUUAACUUAUGAGAAAAUCCUUGAAAAGGCCAUCAAGAAAAAGGGAGGAAACAACUGCCUUGAGAUGAAGAAAGAAUUCGAAAAUAAAAUUCAAACAUUAACAUCAGAUCACACAUCUAAGGUCAAAGACAUCGUGGCUCAGCACACCAAAGAGUGGUCCGAAAUGAUCAACACGCACAGCGCUGAAGAGCAAGAGGUGCGCGACCUGCACCUGAGCCAGCAGUGUGAAUUGCUGAAGAAACUGCUCGUGAGCGCUCACGAGCAGCAGACCCAGCAGCUGAAGUUUUCUCACGACAGGGAAAGCAAAGAAAUGCGCGCCAACCAAGCAAAAAUUUCAAUGGAGAACGGUAAAGCCAUAAGCCAAGAUAAAUCCAUUAAAAACAAAGCAGAAAGAGAGAGGCGUGUCAGGGAACUGAACAGCAGCAACACAAAGAAAUUUCUAGAAGAAAGGAAGCGGCUGGCCAUGAAGCAAUCCAAGGAAAUGGAUCAGCUGAAAAAAGUUCAACUGGAGCAUCUCGAAAUUUUGGAGAAACAAAAUGAGCAGCUUUUGAAAUCCUGUCAUGCAGUCUCUCAAACACAAGGCGAAGGAGAUGCAGCAGAUGGUCAAGCUAGAAGCAGAGAUGGACCGUAGGCCGGCCACAGUGGUGUGAAGCUCCAACAUGCCAACUUGAA